UGGUUGGCUGAGUUUGUACUCUUUAAGUAAGCAUUAUUGCUUAUUAGUAAUACCCACCUGGUAUAUUCUAAACCUCAGCUCAAAAAUUGGAAAGCAUCUCAAUAUAUACUAAGUACUUCGUUUACUUUGAUACCUUUUUUUAUAUACAAUAAUUCAUUAGUACUUCUUCUAUAUUUUUUUUCUUUUGAGUUUAUAAUAUAUAAGCCGAUCCAGACAAUUGGCUAGAAGACAUAUAACAUCAGUUUCAAAUUCCUAACUCUUUCACUGAUCGUGCCAUGGAAUUCCAAUCUUCCUUUCUUGUUAUUAUCGCACUCCUGUUCUCACUGCUCUGCCUUGCAAAGAUUUAUAAGCAGAAAAUUAAAGUGAGGAGCACUGCGGUUCAUAAACUGCCACCAGGACCAUGGAAGUUGCCUCUAAUAGGGAAUCUCCAUCAACUUGCAACAGCAGGAUCACUUCCACACCAUACUUUUCGAGAUCUAGCUAACAAAUAUGGACCUCUAAUGCAUCUUCAAUUGGGUGAAAGCUCUACAGUGGUUGUAUCAUCUCCUGAUAUGGCGAAGGAGAUCAUGAAGACGCAUGAUCUUGCUUUUGCGUCGAGGCCAGAACUCCUUUCUCCUAAAAUUUUGGCCUAUGGAUCAACAGAUAUUGCCUUUGCUCCAUAUGGUGAUUACUGGAAACAAAUGAGGAAGAUAUGUACGUCAGAGCUUCUGAGCCCCAAAAGGGUUCAGUCUUUCUCCUUUAUUCGAGAAGAUGAGGUAGCUAACCUCAUACAAUCCAUUCACUUGCUUGCAUCUACUGGUUCACUAUUCAAUCUUUCUAAGAGUGCUUCCUCUUUGAUAAACACCAUUAUUUCAAGGGCCGCGUUUGGUAAAAAAUCUGAGUGCGAAGAUGAACUUUUGUCCUUGAUCAAGAAAGCAGCGGAACUAACUGCAGGUUUUGAUCUUGCUGAGUUGUUCCCAUCAUUGAAACCUCUUCAUCUAAUAACUCGGAUGAAAACUAAAUUGGAGAACAUGCACAAGAAGUUCGACAAGGUUUUAGACAAUAUUGUAAACGAGCAUCAAUUAGACCAUGGCAAUGGUGAAAAUCUCGUUAAUGUUCUUUUGCGCAUGCAACAAAGUGACAAUCUCGAUAUCCCAAUCACAGUCAACAACAUCAAAGCCGUGAUAUGGGACAUAAUCAUUGCAGGCACUGAUACUUCAGCAACAACAAUAGAGUGGGUUAUGGCAGAGCUGAUGAAAAAUCCAAGAGUGAGGGAGAAGGCACAGGCUGAAUUAAGAGAAGCUUUCAGGGGGAAGAAAACUAUUAACGAAACUGACCUAUGUGAACUUAGUUACUUAAAUUUUGUGAUCAAAGAAACCUUGAGGUUACACCCACCUGCUCCUUUACUAGUCCCAAGAGAAUGCAGGGAAACAUGCAAAAUUGGAGGAUAUGAAAUACCUAUAAAGACUAAAGUGAUAGUAAAUGCAUGGGCACUUGGAAGAGAUCCUCAACAUUGGUAUGAUGCAGAGAAGUUUAUACCCGCAAGGUUUCACGAAACAAGUGUUGAUUUUAAAGGGAAUAACUUUGAGUACAUUCCUUUUGGGGCAGGAAGGAGAAUAUGUCCAGGCAUUUUACUUGGCUUAGCUAAUAUUGAACUUGCUCUUGCCGCAUUACUCUACCACUUUGAUUGGAAACUCCCCAAUAGUAUGAAACUAGAGGACUUGGAUAUGAUAGAAACCUAUGGAGCUGCAGCGGGAAGGAAAAAUAAUCUAUACUUGAUUCCAACUCCAUAUAAUUAUGCCCUUCAUCGUGAUUUCAAUGCCAAUUAAGCCUCUUAUUUCUUCCUUUUUACAUUACAUUCUAGUAAAGUUUGUUAAAUAACAGAGGUAAAAAUUGUUGAUAGUGUGCCUAUAGUAGCUGCAAUUAAGAGAUGUUCAGUUUUUAAGAGUUUGUUUCUCUGAAAAAAAAUCAAAAUGUUAUCCCUGAGAAUUUUUUUAAUUAAAUUAAGUCAUUUUUGCU